AUGUCUUCUCACAAGACUUUCAGGAUCAAGAGCUUCCUGGCCAACAAACAAAAGGAGAACCAGCCCAUUCCCCAAUGGAUUCAGAUGAAAACUGGUAAUAAAAUCAGGUACAACUCCAAGAGGAGACAUUGGAGAAGAACCAAACUGGUUCUACAAGGAAGGGCACAUCAGAGAUGUCUCAUAUUUAUGCUCUAUUCAUGUUGUCUGCCUCUUGAAGUCACUGAAAAGACCACUGCUAUGGGGACACUUUGGCAUUUUAUUGGGAAUUGGAUUCUUUUUUCUUGA